AUGCCAAGAGUAAAUCAUUAUUUUCCAUUAACUAAGAACGUAGCGAAAAAAUUGAAGUUCGCAUAGUGAACUCUAAUAUAUCGAGAGUGCAUUCGAACUGUUCGUACUUUUCACGAUUUGGACUCUUCCUUAGCAAUUGCCGGAAUCAAGCUCCAAAUUACGAUUAUUCGGGAAGCAAUAUUUCGACAAAUAUUCAUCGCAAACUACCAAGUUAUGCAUCAAACUGCAGCUUGUAAACAGCAGAUUUCAGAUCUUUGAUGCGUGAAAACGCUCGGGCAUAAUUUAAUGCUAAUACACGCUGGCCAAUGCUUGGUUUUCAGAAGUUUCAACUGAGCCUGAAUCUGGUUCGAAUCAGCGGAGUAGCUAAUAAAUGCGCGUUAAUGCGCGUUGAAUAUUCAUGACCAACUAAAGUUCAAGUCGAAAAUAUCAUUUACGUCGGAAAGCUGUCUUAACUAUAUUCGAAGGCAGAAUUCAAAUGAAGUUAUUCUAACUUUAAUAAUUCCUGUCGAAAUAUUAGUCAAGUGGAAUAAAAUUAUAAAGAGCAAAAAGUUCUCUGUAUCGUUUGUGGAUUUAUUGUGCAUUUCACAAGGUUUACUAGGUUGUUGCCUAAAGCCAGAGAUCGAAUUGAGCACCGUUUAAAAGAAUUAUGUAGCAUUGCUUCGAAAUCAUGUGUGGGAAUCUCUGGGAAUAAUAGGGUAAAAAACUUAAACAAGUCAAGAAAUUGGCUAUACAUCGCCACGAAGUAGAAGAUCCAAACGAGCUCCCACGCAGAAUCGCCAGCCUAGAAGAAGAGAAAGCCAAGCUACAAGAACAAGUAGACAGUCUUGAAGCAAAGUGUGAAAGUCUUGAAAUGACGUAUAACCGAGCUUGAGCAAUCAGUGGAAAAUGUAAAUGAUGAAAAUGAGGCAUUGCAGGCAUAUAUACAAACCCUUCUGGAAAGAGACUGUUGCAAACACUGUGAUUCCACUAAUGCGAACAAAGGGCUUACGUAUGAUAGUGUCAGUAAAACCCAAAAGCAAAGGAAACUAAAAGAGUUAAAAACAAAUGCAGAAAAAUCUCUCUGGUUUCUGGAAACCUUUGGAUUAAAGCUAGAUAGUCUCUCCCUUAUUGCCUUGGAUGGAGAAAAGGUGAACUUACAGUAUAAUGGUUCACAAAAGUCAGCAUACCAAUUCCUUUCAGAUGAAGAUAAAGAUAGAGUGAAGAGUGUAGUGUACAUUACGGACAAAUUUUGUGUUAGUGAUGCUGCAUAUCAUGAGUUUUCCAUGAUUGACCAAGAAGGACUAGUGCGAAGCUAUUUGAUAAAGCAAUGCAAACAUGCCCUGAAUAAACUGUACACCAUCACAAGAACACCCGGGGAAUGGCCUGGUGCACAGCUGAGUUUUACUGCAGAACUGAAACACCAGAUUUCAAAACAGGUAAGUACAAUAUUACACAUAGACCAUCUGUACACAUAAGCUAAAUGACCAAGUUGGAGUCAAAUAGGGAAAACUAUUUCCCAUAUUGGGGAAUAAGCUGAAAAAUGCAAUUUGUCUAUCUCAAUUAUACAAUACUGACUUCUGUCUUAUUUCAUUAUAACAAUAUAGAUUGAACAGUUGGGUGAGCAAAUGCCAAGUACUCAAAAAGUCAAGAUCAGUGGUGAUGGGGCUAAAAUGUCAAGGGUCACAAAUUUUGUAGUCUUGUCAUUUUCCCUUCUCUCUGAGGGGGAAAAGGUCAUGUCUGCCAAAGGUAAGCACUAUUAAUGUUGUUCUUAUAAUCCUAUUACCAUUGACAAGACCUUGGGGAUUUGUAUUUUCUUAAAGUUCACAGCAAAUUUUCCAACAGGGACUUGGGGAAUUGUCAAAUUCCCCACCCCAUGGCAAUGCCAAAAAAUAAUAUGAGAAACAUUAGCUCAUUGCAAUUUAUUCCAAACUUACCUAAUAUAAAACUCACAAAAUAAUCCCCCUCCCUGGAAUCAAAUAUUGUAUUGUAUUGGCCUAGCCGUGGUGAGUGGAGGUAGUAACAGUAUUAAUUGACUCUAAUGCAUAAAGCAAAUUAACAUUAUCUAAAUCCACAUAAAAGUACAAAUAUAACACUGUGUAUCUACACAGUGUCAGGGGCAUCGGAGCUGCUAAAAGUAUAGCAAACAAGUUGGGGGAAUUAACAAAUUAGUUUCCUACCUUUCACCAAUUUAUGUUGUGUUCCCGUUGUGUUGAAUAUUUACCAAUUUAUUUGUUGUGUUCCUUAAAUGGGCCUUCUAAAGUCAUUUUGAAAUGGCUUAAUGUCACCCCAAGUAUUGCUUACAUUUUUUGUUUUAAUUUGUUUAUAAUCUUUUGUAAUACUACAUGUAAGAUACUGGCAAAAUGACUUCCGGUGGUUCCACCAAACUUAAGGUGGCAAAGCUGUUUCAAAAGAAGUUUUGUAAUACUACAUGUAAGAUACUGGCAAAAUGACUUCCGGUGGUUCCACCAAACUUAAGGUGGCAAAGCUGUUUCAAAAGAAGUUUUUGACAAGUUUGUUGUAUAUUUAUAUAUAUCUUAUGGAAUGAAGGUGUUCAUCCAGUUGGAAUACUUAGUGGAAAAGAGGAUUACAGUGUUCUACAAACUGCUGGGAAAGAUCUGUUUCAGGAAAUUAAUGAGCUGAUAGCUGCUGGAAAGAUAAAUGUCAAUGGCAGGGAAAUAACAUUGGAGUUUUACUUAGGGGGAGAUUACAAGGUCAGAGAUUAUUAAAUAUCAAUAUUUUAAUGACACACAAUAUCCAGCCGGGAUGCCAAUUAAAUGCUAAAAGAACUGCAUGGUAGUAUACUUUGAACUUGGUUUGAUUAGAUCUCGAGAUCGAUCAACUUGUCGAAAGUCUAUUACACAAUAUGCCAUACAAUAAUCUAUCAUUUUUUAAUUUUUUAGUUUUUGCUUACCUUGCUGGGCAUGAAUGCUGCUAAUUCAAAGUAUGCCUGUAUAUACUGUAAAAUUGCAUCAUUUGAAAGGUAUCAGUUAUCAUUCCCAACAUUCCAAUUGAAACUAAAUAAUCACUUACUAAUACUAUAUUAUAUUAUAAUGUUUCUUUUGUUCUCGCCGGGUGAUUUAAAAAUCACCAAUAUUCCUGCCAAGCUUUUGGAAGUCCCUCUGGCUUGUUUCUGGAUAAUUUCUCCGGGCCGCGAACAAGGGAAUUUAGUGAUUAACUCACCUGGCGAGAACAAAAGCAAUCAAGGUUUGGAUGUAUGUCUACUAUCAUAUUUUCCAUGUCAUACUGGUGUGUGAAGUAUUGGGGGAUGGCCCAAAAUCUAAUAGUUUGAAAUAUUUGAUUCCAAACAACAUUGUACUACAUGCAGGUAUGAAUAAUUAAUUAAAAUUAAAACUGAUUCCCUUUUGUAGAGGGGACAUGUCAAAGCCAGUAGAUUUUUAUUGGUCUGAUGAUAUGAGAAGAUCUAUCCAGGAAAUUAAAAAUCUUUCCCUGAAAAGUGGCAAUGAGAAGUUUGGCUGUAACCAUCCACCCCUUCUUAAUAUUCCACUGCAAAACAUUGUGCCAGACGAGCUCCAUCUAAUGCUUAGGAUAACAGGUAUCGUAUGUAAUAUUUGUUACUUUCUGUGUAAAAAAGUGUUAAAUAACUACAGAUAUAAUUACAUAAUACUUGAAAUCAAUGAGGUCUGUGGGGUGCAGUCCAUGCAGGCACUAGGCAGUCUUAGGCCCUGUUUAUAUGGGAGCCGGGCUGGCCUGCUUGGCGAGACAGCCCGGUAAGCAGGAUGCAGCCCGGUAAGCAGGAUGAAUUUGUCUUGUGUUUACAUGAGAAAAUUCAUCCUGCUUGCUGGCACAGUUUUGUUCUAAUUAUAGACAUUAUACUAAUAGCUGUUUUGAAUGGCUUCUCACACGGCUUCUUUGAACUGUCAUCCGGCAACCGGGCUAACCCGCUUGCGGGUGUUUAUAUGGAGAUAUUUUCAUCCCGGUAGGUGAGAUCUUGGCUGUUGCAAGUGAGAUCUCUGUAAGCGGGCCAGCCUGCUUGUCCAUAUAAACACACAGGAAUUUUUACUAUAAAUCCAAUAUACGGUGAGAUCUUGCAAAGCGGGCUAGCUCGCCAAGCGGGCUAGCCCAGUUCCCAUAUAAACAGGGCCUUAUUCAACACAUUAAAUAAGCAGCUUCAAAUUUACACUAUACCUGAAAAAAUAAAUGACACUUAAUUCUAGAUGUUUCCAGCAAAACCUCUUUGAAACAUUAAAUAAUCUUAUUAAUUAAUUUUAUCAUUUCUGGUAGUGUGAAAAAAUAUUUGGAGCUGCUUAUAUAAUGGCAUAUACUUGGAUUUUGUAGAUAUACUUGAAAGAAACCUUAUUCAAAGCACACUUGCUAGAGAUAAAAAGGCUGAAUUGUUGAAUACAAAUUUAGCAAAGGGAAUUUAUCAGCAUAAACUGUGUGCAGCUAUCAAAAAGUGUGGUGUCUCUUUCAACAUCUGGCAAAAACCUGAUGAGAACGGCAACAGCACUGAUAAGUAUGACUGGACCAGUCUUAUGGGGACAGAUAAAAAAAAAGUGCUUGAGAAACUCCCGGAUACUUUUCCAGAUUUUCUUCCACCAGAUACUGUUGAUACAGUGACAUAAAUAUGGAGGGUAUUUAAUGUUAAUUUGGAAGAAUGCUUGUAUUGUUAUUAUCACAUAGCAGUACAUUAAAGAUGGGUUCAAGAUUGUUUGCAGUUUGUUUACUUUUGAGCACACAUAAUGUUCACAAAAACCCAAUAUUGUUCUUAUACCUUACAAAUUAAAUUUGGGAGGAAAUGUUUAGUACUGUAUGCAAGUAUACCCUAAAAAGGUUAUACUGCAGGGUAUGGAAAGCAGAUUUGAGCCCACCUUAUUGACUGAUAACCCCUGAACACAACAUUUAUCAACUUUUAUUAUUUUGCUCUGGCUAAUGUCAGAUAAAUUUAUUUGUCAAUGAGAAAGCUCCAGAAAGUUGAGAAUGAAAGCAAUAAUGACAAAUUUAUCCUUUCCAGGAUUUUCAAGAUGUGUAUGGCAUCCUAACUACUUGGAGCCCAUCUCAGGAACAAGUUGAUAGUUUUUUUGAAAAGGUAUGUACAGUACUGUAUCAAUUAAUUUUAAAAUAAAGAGCAAGAGCACUGAAAGAACUGAUUGGCAGAAACAACUAGCAAAAGUUAAAUCGCAAUCCUGGAAGCUAGUAUUGCAGUUGCCUUGUACAUAUUUCCACUAGUUACUAUACAUAGCAACUAAUGUAAUGUUGGUAUUGUUUAUGUAGGCCAUACAGUGGGUGAAACUAUUUUUAACCCUUGACGGAGUUGAAGAAGGCUAUGGAAAAGCCAACAUUACCCCAUACAUACACAUGAUGUGCUACCAUGUGCCAUUCUUUCUAGCCUCUACGGGAUUAAAAUGUUUCACAGGGCAAGGAGUAGAGAAAACAAAUGAUGUUAUUCGACGGCUCUACCACCUAAAGAGCAAUAAAUAUGAUUCUUGUAAAGAUGGGCUCCAGGCUGUCAAAAGACUGGAUGAACUACAAGAAUUUGAGCGACAUCCUAGGAAGUACAGGCAAUGUGACAGAACUUAUUGGGAAAAUGGGAUAAUGGAGGAACGACAAAAACGACCACGUCUUAGUGUGACCCCACUGGAAGGUGAUGCAGAUGAACUAAACAUUGAUCUAUUAAAUCAUGCAGAACUUAAAGCUAAAUUAAAGCAAAUGAAUGUGAAAACACGAAUUAAGAAUGUAGACAGACUCAGACAGUUGUUGAAGGAUCAUAUUUAUGCAGCCCAAUAA